GCAAGGUGCCACAUACUUCGUUUCGACUUUUUCUGUGAGUAUUAAAGUAAAAUCAGAGACGAGUGGUUCUGUUUGCAGUUGGCUUUAAUUUAUUUGCGCAAUCAGCUGUUGGGAGUACUGAGGGAAAACGAAGUUUUAUUGCUAAUCAUCAAGUUUAUUGUGAAAAUCGCGUCAAUAUCGGAACAACAUGCCUCGUGCGGGAAAAUAUGUUCGUGCACCGCUCUCCGCAACCUGUGUCGACGUUGAAGAUUUGUCCUCCGAUGAAGCAGAAGCCGGAAGAUUUGUGCGUGCGCCUCAAGAUCCUCGAUCCAAUGCCGAAGAAGACCAGUUUGCUCAUUAUUCGUCCAUUGUGCCAGAUUACCAAAAGCGUUUAGAAGUGCGAGUACAUGAAUUGGAAAAUGAAUUGAGCAGCCUCCGUCGGCACUCACGUGAAGAAUACGCAGAUGAGGUUAGCUUUCCAACAAUCCCGUAUAUCGAGCCGCCCAAGCCAUCAGUCCCUUCCACAAACGGGGGUGUCAUUCGUUGGGACAACAUCAAGCCCUUCCCGAAGAAUGUAGCUGCGACCAAGAUGUGGGAAGCCUGGACGCAUUUCUAUGAGGAUUUUGAAAUAGCGAUUUCUCUGUCCAAUGUCACAGAUCCAAAGCGCCGAGUAGACCUCCUCUUGCUGUCCAUGGGCGACGAACUCAAAAGCAUUGUGCGAGCAGCUAGACUACGACCAAGUGUUGGGGGUGAAGAUUACUACCUGAAAUUCGUAAGUAACAUUGAUAAAUACCUCAAAGAUAUGACGGAUCCCGCCGCAGAGCACGAAGACUUUUCAAAAAUGUGCCAGGAAGAGGGUGAAUCAGCAGUGAAGUUUCAUGCUCGCCUUACGGAAAAGGUUCUCCUGUGCGGUUACAGUCCAGCGGAUCAGGAUCGAUUCGUUCGAACCCAACUUUUGAGAGGCCUUCGUAACCAGGAGUUGAAAAAAGCAGCAAGAACAUACGGCCAUGAUUCCAACACAAUUGUACAGGCGGCUACGCGGGCUGAAGCAUUCCAAGCGGAGAUGACCUCCAAAGAGGAAUUAAGUGGCCUUGCAAUAAGCAGCAGCAGGUUCAGAGGCUCGGAGAUCCAACAUAAGCGUGAGCCAGGUGUUCAACAACCAGUCCGUCAUCCAACGAAGCGAUUCAAUUCUGGCAGAACACAUCCUUAUCAGCAACGACCAAGUGCCAGCCGUCGUUAUAGAUGUUCAAGAUGCUUCAGACCAUCACAUGGAGGAAGAGAAUGCCCAGCUAUGAGGAAAAAUUGUAAUGCAUGUGGUCAACGUGGCCAUUUCGCAGCAGCUUGUCGUGCAGAAUCAGUAAGCAUGGUAAAGGAUGGGAACGGAGCGAUUCCUAAGGACGAAAAUCAUGGAGAACAGCAUAUCAAUGCUUUGUCCCUUCAGGAUGUGCUUGUAGAUUGUCGCAUUGGUCAGUCCAGUCCUAUUAAAUUCCUAAUCGAUUCUGGUGCAGACGUAAACGUCAUUGGUGGCGCAGAUUGGGAUAGGCUGGAAAAGCAGUUUGAGUCGGGGAUGGCUUUCUUUACACAUAAUACAACUCCGCAUAAUACUUCUAUUCGAGCAUACGCUGCGAAUAAGCCAAUGCAUGUAACAUGUAGCUUCAGGGCUACAGUAGAGGUGAUCGGGUUCGAUAAACCAGUAGUUGCAGCUGAGUUUCUGGUCGUAGAGGAAGGAAGAAGGUCACUUUUGGGAAGAGCAACGGCUAGCGACAUGGGUUUGCUGAAAGUAGGCGAAAUGGUCAAUGCUUGUGAAGAAUCCUCAAUAUUUCCGAGAAUGCCUGAUGUGAAAAUCAAAUUUAGUGUUGAUUGUUCCGUUCCACCGGUACGCAAUGCGUACUACAACAUUCCUGCUGCUUACCGAGAGGGAGCACGUCGGCGACUAGAUCAGAUGGAAGCAAGAGGUAUAAUCGAAAAAGUCACUACAGCGCCGCAGUGGAUCAGCGGCAUGUCGGCGGUACCGAAAGGUAAAGAUGACUUCCGCUUGGUGGUGAACAUGAGAGCACCAAACAAAGCCAUCAAGCGGGAGUAUUUUCGGUUACCACUUAUCGACGAAAUGAAGGUCAAGCUGAAUGGUGCAAAGUUUUUCACAAAACUGGAUCUUUCUGACGCGUUCUAUCACCUCGAAUUAUGUGAAGAGUCGCGUGAGCUUACCACGUUCCUUUCGGAGACAGGAAUGUAUCGCUUUACACGCUUGAUGUUCGGUGUCAACUGCGCGCCGGAAGUAUUCCAGCGCGAAAUGACACGUAUUCUUAAAGACAUAGAAAAUAAAAUCGUAUAUAUUGAUGAUAUUCUUCUCUUUGCUGAAUCUAUUGAAAAGCUUAGAGCAACGGUCGCUCAAGUGUUGCAAAUUUUGAGGUCUAAUAAUCUUACCCUAAAUAGUUCAAAAUGUGAAUACGAUCGAACUAGAGUUAACUUUUGGGGCACGAAUUAA